ACCGAAUUUGGACCCGGCCCGGCCCGCUCGCUUCUCGUCCGUCUUAUACACACACUGGGAAAGCCCACAGCGAGAGAGCAGAGAUCGAAGUAAUGACCAGAAUCGCGGGGAGAUUCCCUCUCUUCAACGCCACUCCACCUUCCUCCCCAGUUGCGCUGAAGUUUGGGUUUGCACACUUGCGGCAACGGAGUAGGAGAUUUGGAGUGGGAUUUCCGAAGAUGACGACUGGGAGUUUGGAGAAAUGCGUUGUAUGCUCGGAAACUAGUACUACUAAUUCGGGCGUGAUUCGGCCCGCUACGGAACCUAAUUCGGAAGAGGCAGUUGGAGCUGUGAAAGCUGGGAAGGUCAUUGCAGUUCCCACGGACACACUAUACGGCUUCGCUUGUGAUGCUUGCUCGAUGGAAGCAGUUAGUAGGAUUUACGAGAUCAAAGGGCGUAAACAUACAAGUCCUCUCGCAAUUUGUGUUGGGGAGGUAUCAGACAUAAAUCGGUUUGCUAUAACGGAUCAUUUGCCUCACGGAUUGCUUCACUGUCUUCUUCCCGGACCAGUAACUGUGGUGCUUAGGCGAGGGGAGGCAAGUAUGCUAGAGAAGUCUUUAAACCCUGGAUUGGAUAGUAUUGGAGUUCGAGUACCUGAUUGUAACUUUAUAAGGACCAUUGCACGUGCUUCUGGAAGUGCUCUGGCCCUUACCAGUGCAAACUUAAGUGGGAAGCCCAGUAGUGUAUGCAUUAAAGAUUUUGAAAACCUCUGGGAACACUGUGCACAUGUUUAUGAUGGUGGUGUACUUCCAUCAGGGCGUGCAGGAUCAACAGUGGUGGAACUUAUCGAGCCGGGAAAGUACAAGAUUCUUAGAGAGGGGAGUGCAAAGGAAGAGACCAUUGCAAUUCUUGAGAGGCACUCUCUACUCGAAAAUGUUGGAAUGACUUCAUAGCAAAGACAACAUGCGACUUAUACCCUGAGGGGCAGUCAGAUUUUUGUAUACUAUCCAAGGACUCGUCUUGAGCAAUGCUUAGGUGCUUGAAGUUUGUUGGAUCCUGGAAAUUGUAGAACUAAUUCUUUUUGGACUCAAUGGUGGCUGCUUUUGGUGAAUCCAAAACCCCUUUUUUCUCUUGGUGAAUCUAUUUUCAUGGUCCUUUCAAUUGAGCUUCACAAACUGUUAGUGUUUAUUUUGAUGAGUCUUGUUACACUUUCGCUCAUCAAAGAUGAUGGAAAGAAUCUUGUGAGUUGUGGCUCUGGGUGGAUAUUGAUUUGUCUUGGAUUACUUCUUUUUUAUCAUGAGUAUUAUCUCUAUUCUUAUGGCA